AUGGCCGCUCUCGUGAGCGAUCCCGCCGUCGACGAGCUCGAGGCUGCGCUCGAGCGCAUCGUGACGCCGCCUCGCCACCGGAUCGAGGACGACGAGCCUGCGGCCUUUGCCGAGCACGUCCUGUGUGGCGCGGCGCAGCAUGCGUUUGCCGUGGACCGGCUGGUCGAGAGAGGCGUGACGGCCGUGGUCAACUGCGCGCCCGCCGGCGCGCACGACUGCCGCGCCAUGUACGCAGCUCGCGGCAUCGCCUACCUCGCUCUGGACGGCUGCGAGGAUAUCGCCGGCUACGACCUGUGGCAGCACCUCGACGCGGUCCUCGCCUUUGUCGAGGCCGAGACGAGCGGCGCGCGCCGCUCCGGCCGCGUGCUCGUGCACUGCUUCGCCGGCUCCAACCGCUCUGCCAGCUUUGCCAUCGCGGCUCUUUUGGUGACGACGCGGGAGCCGCUCGAGCCGCUCGUCGCGCGGUGCUUUGCGCUGCGGCCCUUCAUCCUCAAGAACAAGACCUUCCGACGGCGAGCGGAGAGGAGAGAGCGGCGCCGCGGCGCGUUCGCCACGUGCUACGCCUGCUGCGUGCAGGGCAGCGCGGCGCCCCUCGCGGCCAAGGUGGUUGUGCGCGGGAGGUGGGUGUGGAUCGGCGGCCGCUCCGUGCCUGGCGACGUCGCGGUCGAGUCGCUGCGGCGCGAGGCGAGGGCGCUGCGGCGGGUGGGCGAGCACGCGCACGUCGUCGAGCUGCGCGGCCUCCGCUCCGAGCCCGAGCGGGAGGUGCUGCUCAUGUCGCUCGCGCCGGGCGGAGACCUCGCCAAGGUCGCGCUCGACUGCCCGAGCGGCAUGCCCGCCGACACGGUCCGGCACCUGCUGCGCGGCUUGCUCGCGGCGCUGGCGCGCCCUGCGGCCGAUGAAGGGCGGCGGCUCUACGACAAGUGCGGCACCAAGCCGUGGUGCGCCCCCGAGAUCCUCUCCUGCGGCACCGAGGGCUACGCCGGGCCGCCCGUCGAUUUGUGGUCGGCCGGCAUCUGCCUCUUCGCGCUGCUCUGCGGCAAGAUGCCCUUCGCCAUCGCCGACGAGGCCGCCGACCCGCGCUACGCUCGCGUGGCGGCCGCGCAGGCCUCGGGCGAGUCCGCGUGCGGCGUGCUGCGAGGCUGGCUGGCGUCGGGGAAAGGCGGCGCCCUCGACUGGGGCGACGGCGCCGACGCGCUCCUCGACGGGCUGCUCGCGGCGCAGCCGGGCGGGAGGCUGUCGGCGACCGAGGCGGGCGGCAGCGCGCACGAGGAGCGCACGUGCGUCUGGCGCGGCGUCGAGUCGGCGACGCGGGCGGACUGCCUGAGAGGCCAGUCUCCCGGCGACGGCCGGCACGGCUCGGGCACCGGCGCGACCGCGGCGGAGUACCCGAGCCAAAAGGUGAGGUACGCGGUCGCGCAGCACGGCUGGCUGCGAGACGAGAAUGAGCACGGCGCGCGGCUGCCCGUCAUCGAGGUGGACCUCCCCUUCAAGGUGGGGCGGGACAACAACAGGAACUACAGGUGGGGACAGCAGGCCGACUCGCCCGCCCCGUUGCCCAACGGCGGCUACCCGCGUUGA